AUGGACAAAUCUUACAAGGAUCUUAUAUUUGAUGUUUUGUAAAACGAUGUUUGUGAAUAACAAAAUUCUUAGAUUCAUUUUCAAAAUAAUUUAUAUUUCUCAUACUAGUUAUAAUCAAUAUGCAAAGAUCCUGAGACUAAAAAUAUUUUAUAAAAUGGAGUUAUUGGAGUUAUUAAUUAAUAUAUACAUUAUGGGAUUUCUCUUGAAGAAUAUAUCGUGGCAAAUAAAUUUACGAAUAGUUAAAUUUCUUAAUAAUAAAUGCUCUCAAUAUUAAACUCAAGUAUUCAUAUUGAGCUUAUCACAAAAGGAUUUUUAGCCCCUAUUAACUCUAUUUCUACUGUAAUUAAUCUUUUUAAUUAUGCAUUUCAAGAUAGAAGUAGCAUAUAUUUGACCGCUUUCAAGAUAUACUUUUUAAUUUUACUCCCAUUUUUAACUCUUAUAACCUUCUUAGUUAUAGUAGUGUAUACCAAAAAUACUCAAAACGAUAUAGUUGACAUUAAUUUUACAUUAACAUUAAUUCCUUAUGAUAAACUUCUUGAUGAAAACACAAUAAAUAUGCUUAAAUAAUUAAGGAAAUAUAAAUGA